CGCCAGCCUCUCUCUCUCUCUCUCUCUCUCUGUAGGAGCGGUUAUCCUAUCCGUUCCCCAUUGCCACCCAAUUAUCCCAUUUCCACUUCAAACAUAACCUCCGAAUCUCGCUCCCGUCCCUGAAAAAAUGUCGGGUCUUUCUCUCUCCGCCCCCCCUCUCUCUCUAUAUCCCCAUUCCAAUCCCCCCUCCCAAUCCACAGCCCAAGAAAACAAAAAAACAAUGAGAGAGAUCCUGCACAUCCAGGCCGGCCAAUGCGGCAACCAAAUCGGCUCCAAGUUCUGGGAAGUAACAUGCGACGAGCACGGCGUCCAGACCAACGGCCAGUACGUCCCCGCCGAAAACCUCCCCUCCGACCUCCAGCUUGAACGCAUCAACGUCUACUUCAACGAGGCCUCGGGCGGCCGGUACGUCCCCCGGGCCGUGCUUGUGGACCUCGAACCGGGUACCAUGGACAGCAUCCGGUCCGGCCCAUACGGGCAGAUUUUCCGGCCGGAUAACUUCGUGUUCGGGCAGUCUGGUGCGGGGAAUAACUGGGCUAAAGGGCAUUAUACGGAGGGGGCUGAGUUGAUCGACUCUGUUCUUGAUGUUGUGAGGAAAGAGGCGGAGAAUUGUGAUUGCUUGCAAGGUUUCCAGGUGUGUCAUUCGCUUGGAGGAGGCACUGGUUCCGGCAUGGGAACCCUUUUGAUCUCCAAGAUAAGGGAGGAAUUCCCGGACAGAAUGAUGCUCACGUUCUCUGUUUUCCCUUCACCAAAGGUGUCCGACACCGUCGUUGAACCCUACAAUGCCACCCUCUCUGUGCACCAGUUGGUGGAGAAUGCUGAUGAAUGCAUGGUCCUCGACAACGAAGCGCUCUAUGAUAUUUGCUUCAGGACAUUGAAGCUUAGCAAUCCAAACUUUGGUGAUCUGAACCACUUGAUCUCAGCAACCAUGAGUGGGGUGACUUGCUGCCUGAGAUUCCCCGGCCAGCUCAACUCCGACCUCCGAAAACUCGCCGUAAACCUAAUCCCAUUCCCACGUCUCCACUUCUUCAUGGUGGGUUUCGCACCCCUCACUUCCCGUAGGUCCCAGCAGUACACGACCCUCUCCGUCCCCGAGUUGACUCAGCAGAUGUGGGACGCCAGAAACAUGAUGUGUGCCGCCGAUCCCCGCCACGGCCGCUACCUAACCGCCUCCGCAGUGUUCAGGGGCAAAAUGAGCACGAAAGAGGUGGAUGAACAGAUGAACAAUGUCCAGAACAAAAACUCGUCCUACUUCGUUGAGUGGAUUCCAAACAACGUGAAAUCGAGCGUUUGUGACAUUCCCCCAACCGGGCUGAAAAUGGCUUCGACGUUCGUGGGGAAUUCGACGUCUAUUCAGGAGAUGUUUAGGAGGGUGAGCGAGCAGUUUACGGCCAUGUUUAGGCGUAAGGCGUUUUUGCAUUGGUAUACGGGGGAAGGGAUGGACGAGAUGGAGUUCACGGAGGCAGAGAGUAACAUGAAUGACUUGGUGGCGGAGUACCAGCAGUAUCAAGACGCGAUGGUGGACGAUCUGGAAGAGUACGACGAAGGUGUCGAAGAGAACCACGAGGGAUGAAAGUACAAUGAUGAAAAACGACUAUCGGCGAUCAUCGCAUGGGAGUAAGAAACUCCUAGAGUAAACAAUCCCUGUGAUCACGCGGUGUUCGCUACGUUGGUUGUCCCUUCCUACCCUUUCGCUUCGUAAAGGAACGAUUUGAUGGAAUUUGAUUUGCCUUGUUUUUCAUUCCAUACGAGCAUUUGGUUACCGAUGUUGUAUUGUUGCAUGGCUGUCGAACUUUCAAAUUUCUCAUUGUUGGUUGUCAUAUACAAAAAGUAUAUUUUGGAUAACAA